AAUAGUAAUGUCAUUGGCCCACUAGAUAAGGAUGGGACAAACGCUCUAGUCUAUGCGUUAGAAGGCAACUAGUAUUUUUGGUUAUUUUGGGAGGGAGUCUUUUUCUGUCUUGAGGGUUGGUUUGAUUGGAAAUCGAAAUGCCUCAACUUGAUAAAUUGACUUAUUUCUCACAAUUCUUCUGGUUAUGCCUUCUCCUCUUUACUUUUUAUAUUCUCUUUUAUAAUAAUAAUAAUGGAAUACUUGGAAUUAGCAGAAUUCUCAAACUACGGAACCAACUGCUUUCGCACCGGGGGAACAAGAUCCGGAGCAAGGACCCUAAUAAUUUGGAAGAUAUCUCGAGAAAAGGUUUUAGCACCGGUCUCUCAUAUAUGUACUCCAGUUUAUCCGAAGUAUCCCAAUGGACCGUCGACUAUUUGGGAAAAAGGAGGAAAAUCACUCUGAUCUCAGAUUUCGGAGAAAUAAGUGGCUCACGAGGAAUGGAGAGACAGAUUCUCUAUUUGAUCUCGAAGUCCUCAUAUAACACUUCUUCCAGUCGGAUCACUUGUUGGAAAAACAUAAUGCUCACACAUGUUCCACACGGGCAAGGAAGCAUAAUCUAAUGAACUUAGAUUCUUUUCUUUCUAUAGGACUGAGGAUCCUUGCCUAGAUCCAGAAAAAGUUGGAUGCGCCGGAAGCUGAAGCGGAAAUGCAAUUCUCGGGUGAGGAAAGGGUUGUCUCAGGUACGCCUGGGGCAGGAUUGAAUCGAUGUACCUAAGCUAAACUUAUAAGAUUGAACCACCUAUAGACGGAAUUAGGAGAGCUGAGGUUUAAUCCAAGACCAGGAAAGCACCAGCUAUAUCGAAGCCCAAUGCCAAGCAAAGCCCUAGACGGAAAGUGAAGAAAUUGGCUUCAAGCUUCGCCCUUAACCCAAGAUGAGGUGGAGCCUUACCCCGACACAAGGUGGGACCCUCCCAUUAGGAUAGUGGGCUUAGUCAGACCAACAUAGGUUGUCAACCAAAAAGGAGAAGCUCCCGUUAUUGUUGGUUUAUGGACCUAAGACGAGAGGAUUGGGCUUAGAACAAGACCUUUCGGUGGAUAUGAUCACAUCUUCAUGACAAUAGGUGUACACCUUUGGCCUCACUCAAGGUAAUGGGUGACCAAACCUAACGAGUCUAAACAAAUUGGAUCUUAUUGUGUGACAAAAACUGAGAUUGGGAAUGCUUGGCAGGUAUUUGAGUACCAGUAAAUUAGGGAAAUCAAACACAUAAAGAAGUUUUCUUUCCAAGCCUGGUAACACCACACUUAAGUAAGUCGAUUCAGAUUAGCCAACAAGCGAAUCCAUUCCAUUAACUCAGUCAACUCUUUCUGGUAAAAGUGCUCAUCAUUACUACUAUAUAUAAUAUAAUAUAAUAUAAUAUAAUAUAGUAAAUUACAGACAACACUCAAUGCUAAUGAGUGGAUCAAGUCAUUUACUAGUCAAUGAACUGACUAAACCCUGUCUGUUCUGGGAAUUGACCCACUUAACUAUACUCUUAGGGCAAGCCGCCCUGUGGUAAUUAACUCCGUAAAAUCUGUAUCAGUCUUGAGGCAAUUUGGAAAUGCUAGACAAAGAUAUUAAUCAGAGUCAGUCAAUUCCCUAGCUACAGUUAAUAUGAAAAAUCCCGGGUAGGUAAUUCAAACACGCCCCACCCAAUAGGUGAAUCUUUCAAAGUGUGGGAAAUCUCCCCUUUCUUCAAUCCUAGAAUCGAUGCCUAAGAAAAAGGGUAUAUCUAUUAAAAUGCUCAACCCAUUCAUGCGAUUCAAUCCUCUGCUCUGAUUCUAUUAAAAAGGAAACACUCCACUAAGUCGUACACACUCCCCAAUAAGUCUGGUAAUUAAUUCGUUCAAAUCAAUGCUCGGUGCAGCAGGUAAUGUAACUUAAUCAAUCGCAAGCGGCAAAAGAACUCAAACUCAAUCCACAAUCCGUCUCGCUCGUCUGGGAAAGAAGAGCAGGCUGUUAGGCAAGCCGGCUUUAAUACAACCUCUAGGGAAGCCAGGAAAGUUGGUAUAUACUUUGUACCAAGUACCAAACUUUUGAAACAGUUUGAAUCCAAUAAGGAAGAAAUGAAAAAGCUAGGCCGAAGGAUGAGAUGGCAUUUCAAGAGAAUAGUCGAUCAGUAUGGCAGGAAGAGGUCUCUUUGUCAAAUCCUCUAUCAUCUAAAGCUGGGUCAGAAACUUCCUUUAGGAGCAGAAGAAUUUGCAGGCCGUAGGACAAAGCUUCCAUUCUCGAAGAAACUAGCCAAGUUUGAAAACACUUAAGAGGGCUGGGUAUUGAAAGAGUCUGGCAGGAAGAAGUAUAGUACCAAGCGGCAGUAAGCCUCGAUUCGAAUUAGCAGAGAGGUCAGUUUUAGGAGGUCGGUGUCCAGUGGAGUUCAGCGAGAAACUCAAAGUAAUACAUACCUAUUUGUUGCGAUGUGAUUGCUUCGCACCUUUCAAUAUUUCUUUUACUUCUAGUGCUAUCUUCCAUCCGUUCCAGUUCAUGGAUCUUCUUCUUGUUGUAGAACGAGAAUUGGAUUGAUUCCUAUAGUUUAGUUCUCUAUUUGCAAAUUCAUUACUUAAUAACGAUCUUAUAGGCUUUGUCUCAGGCAGAUCUGGAGCGACUGGAUUGAACAGAAAGUACUCUCACACUAUAGAAAAAAGUAAAGUCCACUAAAAGUACAUGCACUCUUUUCUUACACUUAUAGAGGUUCGAAGAAAUGAGUAAAAGGUAGACUAAGUGAUCAAUCAAGAUCUUGUCUCAAAACCUACUCUUAGAAGGCUCAUUCCAGCAGCCUUAGCACAAGCAAGUAGACCGUCACAAAAGAGAAUGAAAUCAAAACCGGAGAAUGAAAUGCUUUACUUAUAAUACUAAGACAACCAGGCACUUCACUUCAGGCUUUGAUCCGCGACUUACAGAACUGUUUUGCCUGACAUUCAAUCGUUUUCUUGUCUUUUUUUCUUCCCACUACUAUAUAUAAUAUAACCUUUAGAUUUUAUACUCCAUCCAACCACUCUCUGUUCCAUUUCUCAUUCCUUAUUCCUGAAAGGAUAGGUUCUUUAUUCCAGCUGUUCGUUAGAAUCUUAGCUCGAAUUCAAUGUUCGGAUGCUCCAUCCUUCGCGUCCAAUCCCUGUCAGGAGGGGCAGCUUCCUCGAGUCCGGUCUCGGAAGCUGGGGCAAAAUAGGCCAGUCUAUCUGAGGGAACGGGACCUACAAUCAGGAUCUCUUCCGCGGAUCUCUUGCCUUGCUUCUUGACUGGAACCUGGCACUUUUAGCGUGCAUCUAGUCUGCAUAUCCCUUUCUGCAAAUCUCUAUUAGCUCUGCUGCAGAAGUGGAAUGUGAGCUUGGGAAUACCCUUCCGGUUUCCAGAAUCCUAGCUUGAUUUCUUGCGUUUAAAGGCAGGCUUGACCAACCACAUCACAUAAGCCAGCGCAGCGAGAAAACUGAUUCUUCCACGGGAUUCCGCUUCCUACGAAACAUACGUUUUACGAAUUAACGGUUACCAGUAGCGAGCGAUCCUUUCCUACAAGGUAAGGCCAUGGACAAAGGUUUUUUAUCUACCCCAGCGGGGGCAGUUUUAGGAGUCUUUUUUCAAUCCAUCUUACUUUGAAUCCGGGCUCGCCUUCACUCGGUCAAGGGGUUGCCCUUUACCUCGUUCCGUGGUCCUUUAUCCCCUCCUUGCUUGCCUAGUUUUAUUCCUUUCCGAGGCCCAAAAGCCAAGCAUCACAAUCAGAGGGUUAAUCCUCCAACCAGAACCAACUUAACCUAUGGAUAGUCUCCGCCGGCCUAGGCGGAGAUGGCCAACUGAUAGAUACUUAUCCUGCCCAGCGGGUGCUACUUCUCUUCUUUCUCCUAUUUGCUUUGCUUGACGGUGAAACCUAUCGAUCAUAUCCGGAAGUUGCUUAACACUACCCUCGAAUGCAAGUCAGCUCUUCGAUUCUCGAGAAUCGGGGUGGGCCAGGUGAUUAUUUGAUUUCCAAUAUGGAUAUAAUGAUGUGUAAGAACUGCACCACCGAUAUAGCACCCUUCCUCGGACUAAGGAUAUUCGUACUCCCAGUGCUCUUGCUUCCUUUGCACCCCGGCUCCGAAGGAUCAGUAGGGAGGACUCCGGAUGCCAGUAUCGGAAUGGAAACAUUCCUCGAAUGAUAUGAUGGUUGUGAUGCCCCGUUCGUGAUACCCAGGGAAGGGGACUACAUCAUACUUCUCUGAUCCAGUCCUUUCUUUAUUGACAAUAUUUAUUAGUUGACCACUUUACUAGGCUUUCCCUAACAAAAGUAUUCCGAGUGACCACCCUAUUGUCACUUUACUGUCCAGUUCGCGAGUCCCACUCACUUAUUUUAGUCAAACCGACCCUAACUAAAACUAAGUUAAGUAUAGUACUUUUCUCAAUGCUGCCCGCCUCUCAUCUGUUUUCUAAUCAGCUUCUAUCUUCUGUUCCAACCAAGGAAGCUCUUCUAUUCAACCGGUUCGUAUCGCCAGGCCCCUCAGGGGGUACGGUUUAUCUAAUCACACUGCUCGCUACUACAGGGAUUCCUUCUCCUUGCCGAGUUGCAGGUGUUACCACCCUAGAUAUUCUAUUUAUUAUUUGUAUGCUGCCUUCUCUCCUUCAUCUGGAUUUUUGAGAUGAUUGUUAUGUUAGUUCUUCCUUCUAUGUUGUAAGGUGCAAUCUCAUCCGAUGUUUGCCAGUUUGCCCGAGUCUUCCCGAUUCUUAUCCAGCCCAGCUAGAUUGGACCAACAUCAGCGGUGCUUCUAUUAACCCUUGCUUCUCUACUAUUCUUAGGUCUUAGGAGAACCCUAUCUUCCAUAUUCCUAAUCCUCAAGUACAGUAGGCCGCACUCUUCGAUCCUUUGGUCCUAGAACACCUUUUGUCGUAAACUAUACUCUACAUUCCCCCUCGGUCUACUCCGCCAAAGUAGCGACAAGAUUCAAUUGCUGGUUCGAUUCCAGCUCGCUAUCCGACGGUUAAUCCUUUAACCAGAGAUCAGCAUCCAAGGGUUAUUCCUUGAACCAGUGCUUCCUAUCGAAUCGAUCAUUCUUUACUUACUUUAUUAAGAUUAAGUGGGCAUCCCUCACUGAAAAGAGAAUCAAGCAGGAAAACCCUAGGACGAGGGAUAGUGAUAUUCCUUUCACCGAGCAAGAAACCAUCUCUUUCUUUCACAUAUAUAUAUCUAUUUCAAGAAGUCCAAUCCACCACUAUCAAUGGAGCACUCUACUCUAUACUAUUACCGAGUGAAGAUUUCAUCGGAUCCGGCUUGCUUUCAUUGAAGGACAAGAGCGGAUAGUUCCCUUCCCUUUCUUCGAUGAACCCUUAUCUUUCGAUAGAGAAGUACAGCGAGAUGAACGAUAAGUCGAACGACAGAACAACCUGAUGUUACUGCAUCAAGUAAUUCAGAUUGUCAUAUUGAGAUUUUUUCCUUUUUGUACUUAUUAUUCCAAGCCAAAAGGCUAUGUUCUCCCCCAUACAGCUCGCAAGGCUCAUAACCUAACUGCUCUACUUACUUAAUUCUUAAUUCAGAAAUUCAACAACCCUCCCUUGAAGGGCCAAAACAACAGCAGAGUAGCAGGUCAAAAAGAGAGAGAGAACUGAAACCGAAGAUACUUGGGUUGGGAGAACUCUUCUACAGUACUCCAUUAACAGAAUAAAAGUAUAGACCAAUCAGCCUUCCUUAUUGUCCAAGAUCAUUACUAAAGUGUUGGCCAACAGACUAGUACCAGUGGUGGAUAGGAGAGUAAGUCCCAGACAGCUAAGAUAAACUCCCGGGUAGUGUUGUCACUGCACAAGAGGUGCGUAACAGGUGUAAGCAAAGAAGAGAGCAUAACACUGGAUUUAGAAAACGAGCAUAUGAUAUGGUGAGACAACUUUCUCUUUUUUGAGGUGAGAUGCUAGCCAGCCCUCUAUUCAUGGGUGAGAUAUCGACUUUACAGCGUUACCACGUACCAAAUCGUUCACUCUAUCAGGCAGCCGGAAGUGCAUCUCUUCUUUUUGCAGGACUUCUUCCUAGCUCCGUGGAACGAAGAGUUGGAACGAAUAGUAGAAUGUUGGGCAGCAGGAAAGACUAGUUACAGAAAAGCCAGCCCCAGUUCAUUCUGGCUAUUGCAUCCGUGGAAUGCAUAGUUAGCUCCGUUUUCAAGUCCCACCCUACCUACUUAUUAGCUUGCCCUGUUUCUAAUGCGCUGUGGACCUUGCUUGUUGGCUUCGUCGACCAAUUCAAUUCCUUGUGUCGGCUCCGAUCUAACUAGUAAGAAGAAAGAUAGAUAUAUAGAAUUGGGUGGGCAGAGUUGGCUUGCUUCCAAGAGAAUAAACACCUGGCGACUCGAAAACAUGAUGCGCUAGGUUUCGAUCAGUUAAUCGAGAUAGGCUGUACUUUUCAUUCGAUUUUGUUACCACGUGCUUUUCACUUCAUGAUCAUGGCUCAUUUUCCUAGAACACCACAAAAAAUCUCCCUACCAGUUUUAUGAGAGUGCUCAGUCAACUUCCUAUAAGAGUUCUGCUUUUGCUAAUCAAAGACAGACAUCAAUCCCUCAUCCUACUCUGUCUGUCAGUCGGUUACUCAGUUCUGUUAGCUACUCACGUGUCUAUACUAAGCUAAGAUAUUCCUCAUUCUUGCACAGGACAGGACAGGAGAGGGGAUUGCCUUAGCUACCGGUACCGAACUCCGAUCAAACUAAAACGAAAAGCUUAACCGAUUCUUGUAGAGUCCUUAGCAUUAGAUAAUGCAUGCGCACACAAGAGGAAUGAACUUGCCUUCUAGUGAUUUGGAAGGAUUGAGUCGGCUGCCCCCAGCCUCGCCCCGCAUCGCCCUCCGGGGGUAGUUACGCCAGUGGAACCAACUCACAAAGCAGCCCAAAAGCAGGAACUUUUCUUGAUUGAAUUGGUUUAAAGGUAAUUCAUCAAUCCUUAAAUUAUUCCAGGAUUCUUUUGGGAUGCUAUCCACCCUUUGAUUUACGAAUUGGCUAUAAUAUUUACUCUGGAUCCCUUCCAGCUGCAAGUCAAGAAGGAUCCUUUGAAACAUUUUAGGAUUAUACUCACAAUUGGUUUGGGGUUUCGUAUUGCAUUGCCCGCACUAUCCAUAUCCUGGAACAGGAUUGAUUUGGCCAUGGAAAGGGCCAGCUAAACGCCUAAGCUCUGAAAGUACGGAUUGCUUCCCUUCAUAGAUUUUAUUAGUUAAUUUGAGAAGUUCCUCUGGGCUCCUGGUCCUUUCCAGAUACUGCAAACUCAAAUUAUGAAAUAUGAGAUCCCUGCUACUCAGAGUCAGAGACCCGAAAGGACGUGGUGGACUCCCUGGUUCCCCCUCAUCUGCAGGAGAAAUUGAAGAAGGUGCAGCCCCGCCCCCUGCGGAGUGACUCGGGGCCGGCGGUGGAGUAGUACCUGACUGGGUCGAGUAGGCACCCUCCUCAGGGCUAAGUGGCGGAUCUAGAAAAUAGUCUGAGCCGUCAAGAACUAUUUCAGGGGGCAGACCCGAGUGCUCUAUUGGAGCUUUGCCCUUGCCCUUAUCUUGGGCUUGACAGGUAGACUAUAAAGAGAUUCAGUACAGCAAGCCUGACACUCAUAUUUAUUAAUAUAAUGGGGACCCAGAGAAAGAUAAUAGAGAGCCAUCUGCCAAUAGGCAGAAUAGAUUCCACACUCACUUCAGAUUCUGGGUGGGUAAAGGGAAACGUGAUCUCUAUUCUGAGAGGGAGCGCGGUCGAGCAUAGACUCGGCAACAACCAAUACAUCCAAUACCACAGUAGGCCCACGUACUACAGCUUAAAUGUACUGUAUGUGCCAUCAUAAACCAUUUCAGUCGUAGUACCUAACCUACCAGGCACUUGUUUGCCACCAAGAUAACCUAAUUAACGUGAAACCAACUGUAUUUCCGCUGUAGUACCUACCAGGCUUGUAACCAAGCUAAGUGAAAUUGAAAAACAUUUUCGCUGUACUACCGCUCGUGUAACCGACGUAAUCGGUCUUAAACACCUAUAAUAUAAGGAACUCGUGUACAACCAUAACAUUUAUAUAUUUCACAGGUGUACCACCGUAACCAAUUUCACUCGUGUACUACAAAGAA